AAGCACAAUAACCUUUCUGUCACUGAAAGGGUAAAAUGGGAAUUCUUCAAUGUCCCUCUUGUUGCCACUACUCAUCAUCAUCACAACACCAUGAAGAUCACCAACAACAAUCCCAUCACUCAAAUUCCAACAAUACCCUUCUCCAUUCAGAAUCAUCAACCUCUUCCUCUCUUUCUUCACAACCAAGUCUACCUUCAGUUCCUUCCCUAACAACCUCACAACAACUCCAACAACAAGAGCUUGUAACCACCAUCAACGGUCACUCCUCCGCAAUCUUCUGCCUCGCACUCCACGGUAAGUUUCUCUACAGCGGAUCCUCCAGCAGCGAGAUAAGGAGACACCGAAAAGACACUUUUGCCCCUGAUCACAACGUUCUUGCAACAACCACCAACAGUGCCGUUAAGUCCAUGACCGUUUUCGGUGAUAAGCUUUUCACCGCUCACCAAGACCACAAAAUCCGAGUCUGGAAAAUCCAAGAACAAGAACAAGAACCCUACAAAUGCAUAGCGACGCUUCCAACGUUCAACGACAGAAUCUGGAAGCUCUUCUCUUCCAAGAACUACGUUCAAGUUCGGCGCCACAAGAAGUCGACGUGGGUGCACCACGUGGACACAGUCUCCGCCGUCGCCAUAUCCAUCGAUGGAACACUCUUAUACUCCGCUUCGUGGGAUCGGACCUUCAAGAUUUGGCGAACCUCCGAUUUCAAGUGCUUGGAGUCCGUUAACGCGCACGAAGACGCCAUCAACGCGCUGGUGGUUUCACGCGCCGGUGUAGUUUACACUGGAUCAGCUGAUAAGAAGAUAAAAAUAUGGAAGAAACUUGAGAAUUCAAAGAGGCAUGCGCUUGUGGGGACGUUGGAGAAGCAUAAAUCGGCGGUGAACGCGUUGGCGCUCAGCGCCGAUGGGUUGGUUUUGUACUCCGGCGCAUGUGAUAGGUCGAUUGUGGUGUGGGAGAAGGAGAAGGAGGAGGAAGGAGGAGGCGAUGGAAAUGUGAAGAUGGUGGUUGUUGGAGCGUUGAGAGGACACACGAAAGCAAUACUGUGUUUGGUUGCAAUGGUGGAUUUGGUGGUGAGUGGUUCGGCGGAUAAUAGUGUUAGGGUGUGGCGGCGGAGAGGGAUUAGUGUUAAUAGCGAGAAGAGUUGUUAUUCUUGUUUGGCUGUGUUGGAAGGACAUAGAAGACCGGUGAAGUGUUUGGCUGUGGCAGUUGAAUCCGCCGACAACUGUGGUGGUGAUGAUGAGAAUAGUGGUGGUGGCGAUGGUGGUAAUUCUUAUUUGGUUUAUAGUGGUAGUUUGGACUGUGGCAUUAGAGUUUGGAGAAUAAGGGUUCCCUUGUUUUGAUAUUCUUUGUAAUUUUAUUUUUAGAAAUUUUUUCUUAUCAUUCAUUGAAUUUGUAAAUAAUAUGAGGAGUUUUUCUGGAUAUUCUGUUUUGUU